UCCACCGCUGCCAUCGCGACGCACCACCCCACCACCAUCUAGCCCCAGCCCCGCCGCCCACAUUCACCUGGCCGGCAACCGGUGACGAUGGGCCGGCCCACCGACCACCGCGGUGCUCCUCCCACCAACCGCCGCUGCCAAACAGGGCCGGAUCUCCCCUCGACCUCCUGCUUCUUCCCGUCGACUCGCCGACCAGCCCUGUCCCCCUUCCUUCCAUCUUCCUCCCCCGCCAUGGCUGCCAGGAUCCAAUCCAUGGCUGCCCAAUUUGGCCGGCGACCCCCGGAUCCAGGCGAGGGCACCACCACCACCAAGCGCGUGGAGGGGAGUGGAGGGGCGGCGGGGGAUCUCACCGGGUCUCUUCCCCACCUCCAUGGUCUGCCUGCCCGUCCCGCCGUCAGCCACUACGUCACCGCACCGACCAGAUCCAUGGUGUUAGUCGCGCCGUGCUUUGUGGUGCUACUCCGUCAGAGUUAGGAUGGGGGGUAGGAGCAGCUCCGUCGAGCUUGUGCUGGCGACGGCGAGAUACUUCAGGUGAGCCGCCCAGUGGUGUGGUUGCUGCAGCCGUGCAGUUCGGCCCGGGGCACG